GAGGCUGUCGAAGUGGCUGUCGCACCACAACAGGCUCUCCCACUCCGCGGUGGGCCACGGGACGACCGUGGCGGUUACGCCGCAGGCCGCGAGCAGCGGCAGGAAGGAGACGAACAUGAUCUUCACAUCCGUGUUCGCAUGCAUGUUCGUCGGCUUCUCGGUCUUCAGCAUCGGCGACUUCAACAAGCUCUGGUCCGUCCUGACCAGCAUGGCCUCCCCCGCCGCCGCAGCGGCAUCUAAGGGCGGGGAGAAGGCUCGCAAGAACGACCCGAAGCACGGCCCUCUUCCGGAAGGCAGCGGCACUCACAAGUCUGCGUCCCUCCUGACCAUCGGGGGCCUGACCGUGUACCGCUUCUACACGGGCUUUCUCAGCGCCACGUGGCUGCCGUACCUGCUGGCCAUGGAGGGCGCCGAGCUGUGGAGGGACAACCAGGCCCUCUUCAUGGGCAUAGCAAAGCUCAUCUACGGCAUGAGCAUCUUGCUGACCCCGCUGUUCGGGCUCCUGGGGGACCGCAUCGCCUCGAAGUCCCACGCGCUCGGCCGGCGCCUCUUCAUCCGGCUGGGCGUCGCCGUGGCCGCCGUCGGCAUCCUGGCCUGCCACUGGGCAGCGCCGCGGGGCGAGUUCUGGGCGUUCGGCCUCGGCGUGCUCGUCUGGCGCAUCGGGGAGGGGCUCAACGACGUGACGAUCGAGGCGAUCUGCCCCGAGAUGCUCCCGCCCGAGCAGUUCGAGAUCUCCAGCGCCAUCCGGGCGUCCAUGUUCCUUGUCGGGGGCCUGAUGGGCUACGUCAUGAUCGCAGUCUUCGCGGAUCUCCAUUACAGUUGGCUGUACACCGGCUACUUGGUCAUGAUGUUCGCCUGCGCUGUCCCGCCCCUUCUGCUCAUCCAGCAGGACUCCCCCCGGAUCACGUCCCGCAGCUCGACCAUGUCGCGCCAAUCCUUCUGGCUCUCGUGCGUCGACGCGUACGUGAGGCC